ACAAAGAUCCAUGUCAGGAAGUAACUAGUUCGAGGAACAGAAGAGCAUAUCAAACGAUAGGAGGACUGUGUAUUGUUUAUAUUUGGAGGUUAUAUUAUAAAAAGCCAUCAAAAUGUCGGGAUAUGAUGAUAACCCCUUUGCAGAAUCGUCCAAUGUCAAUCCUUUCCAGGAUCCAUCAGUUAUACAAGUGACAAACUCUGGUGUAGACCACAUUGGUCAGUUUAACCCUUUCCCGGACAAUCAGUCGACUAGUAUCUCAGGGCACACCAUUCCGGCCUCCACGGUCCCUUCCCAGCCUGCUGUGCUGCAGCCGUCAACAGAACCCAGCCCAAAGGCUUCAGUGGCUGCAGCCCAGGCCAGCCUGCAGAAGCAGCAGGAUGAGCUGGAGAGGAAGGCAGCGGACCUCGAGCGCCGAGAACAGGAGCUGCAAAGCAGGGGCGCUAUAACAGGCAAAGAAAACAACUGGCCACCUCUUCCUAAGUUCUUUCCCAUCAAGCCUUGCUUCUAUCAGGACUUCUCAGAGGAGAUUCCCAUGGAGUACCAGAGGGUCUGCAAGAUGAUCUACUACCUCUGGAUGUUCCACUGUGUGACUCUGUUCCUGAACCUUCUGGCAUGCCUGGCAUAUUUCACCGUGGAUUCGGCCUACGGUGUGGAUUUUGGCUUGUCCAUCCUCUGGCUCAUCCUGUUCGCCCCCUGCUCCUUUAUCUGCUGGUACAGACCCGUCUACAAAGCAUUCAGGUCAGACAGCUCGUUCAAUUUCUUCUUCUUCUUCUUUGUGUUCUUCUGCCAAGUGGUGGUGUUCAUCAUUCAGGCUGUGGGUAUUCCCAAGUGGGGAAACAGCGGUUGGAUCUCCUCAUUCUCUGUCAUCGGCACGAACGUACCAGUGGGAGCCAUCAUGAUGGUGGUGGCCUGCUUCUUCACCACCUGCGCCGUGCUCUCAGUCAUCCUACUGAAGAUGGUGCACAGCCAUUACCGGCGUACUGGAGCCAGCUUCCAGAAGGCACAGCAGGAAUUCUCCCAGGGCGUUCUGACCAACAGGACCUUCCAGACAGCCGCCACCUCCGCAGCCACCUCAGCAGCCUCUGGGGCAUUCCAGGGGAACAACUAGAGGCCAGGCUGGGCUAACUCCACCCACCCUUUUUCCUCGUCUCCUCCAUCAAACCCCCAAUACGGAACCACCUUUCUGGGACGGGGAUGGAGCCCUCUCCCCCAACACUCUGCUGUCCUCAUCUCUUCUUGCAAAGGAGCCCCAAUCCAAGAAAACACCAUUCAAUCAAGACAUCUGUCUACUGGGGCCACUCUUUAGCCUGAUCUGGGAACAGUUUUUAAUAUAGGAGCUGUGGUCAGCGGACAGCAGAAAUACAGGGUUUGGUUAGGAAACUGUCCCCGCUAUCCAGUUUUUGGAAUGGAAAGCAUGGUAUCCAACAUCUGCGACCUUUGCGCUGCUGCUCUUUCUUUUUUGUGUUUUUGCGUGAACUUUGUUUUCUCCCAAUGCCCUCUGUUUGUGUGUCUGCGUGGAGGUUUUCUUCUUUUUUGUGCUCGUUUAGCUAUGUUCUUCAUUUUUUGUGUGUGUAGAUGUGGAUGUGUAGAUUGCCUCUAAUUGUGUUGUGUCAAGAAGAACUGUUGUGUUUGCCUCAGCCCUUGCUAUCUUUUUGGCCUUUUUUUAAGCCUCCUGCACAUUGGCUGUUGUAAAGCAACCCCAGAUUGGAUCCUAAAACUGUGGGCGUUUUUCAGCAUCCUCUUAUUUCAAAUGUGUCAAUGAAGAGAGUGACUGUUGCUUUCCAUAGGGUGGAACCUAAACCGAAAGUAUCCUAAAUGAAGUUUAGUUCAGCUUAUGAAUCGGUCUUCUGUAAUUAUUAAAUAUCCUUUCUAAUUAUAUAUACACAAAUUACUCCUAACGUGCCUUGGGAUUCGAAAGUGUUUGUUAGCUCUUUAAGAUAGUUCUCGUUAAAAUAAUUUGAGGUACUUAAUGAAAAAAUUAUGCUGUAAAAAGGGCUUUUCUGUAUGUCUUCUCUGAUUAUUGGUGUAUUUGCUUUGGCAAUGAGACACUAGCGUUCUGUAAGAAUCGGUUGAAUAUUUGACAGCAGGUUGGUUGGUCAGUAUAGUCUGUUCUAUACAACUUGGACAUUUAAACCCAAAACAUUUAAACCCUAAGUUUUCGUGAUGUCAUGAUGUACUCACGUUUUCAAAGAAAUUUAAAAGCGAAAACGUGCAUGGUUGUAAGAAACUGGAUGUCCUAUGUUUUCAGGCUCCUCUUCUUUUCCACUGAAAAACACCGCCCUGAGGGUGGCGCUGCAGAAAGCCAUUUGGAAGGGUUACUCAGAUAAUUACCGCUAUAACAAUACAAUGGCGUCUGGCAAACCUUUUUGAAGUGGACUUGACCUUUGACCAAAGCCUUAGCCUGUGCCUAGAUGAGAUGUUGUCUCUUGAGUUAGUCGCCAUUGGUUCCUACGGCAACCAACCCUUAACCUUAUUAUGGAAUACAUUUAGUCAUAAAAUAAAAAUGUUAACAUUUUGAUGAGACUUAACCUUUCAUAAUACUUUGAGGGCCAGAAUUGUUGAUCUGUAUAAAAUUUAUUUCCAGCAUGUUUCAGGCAACUUUAUUGUGUUACCAGUCUAGUACAGUACAGCUUGUUAGUGUAGAAAGGAUAUCAAUUAAAUUGACGCCAACUUCAAAGGAUUGCUAUAUUCCAGUCUAUGAAUUUACCACUAACAAACUAAGCAUGUGAACAAUGGAAAAUAGAUUUUUUAGUAUUUUUAUAUAAAUCUACAUAGUUUCAGGGAAGUACCGUUUUUGAGAUUUGGCUUAAACAAAAUGUAUUCUUCCCUGACCUUCAUAGAUAACUAAAUUAUUAGUGAAUGGAUAAGUGGAUUGAUUUAAAUGACCUAUUUUGUCUGUUUGAUUUGUCCCAUUUCCAGAAGCAUGUAUCCUUCUUAAAAGAUUUAAAUGUAUGAAUUGUCCGACACCAACAAAGCAAAUCAAUCAUGUUAUCAUGAAGAAUGUAAUAUUAAAUCUAAUGGUUUACUAGUGGUUAAAUAUUCUUUUGACUGAAUCAUUGUUGCUUAUAAAAAUACUAUUGAUAUUGAAAUAUUUUGUUUCUUAAUUCAUAUCUCUGUGAAUAGGAUCAUUGGUAUGCAUUGUAUUGGGAGUAGAGAUCUAUAUAUAAUAGUAUUUUGUAUGUUUAUAGUAAACUUGGCGUCUAUCUAAUAAAAAUGUUUGCUUUCAUUGAUA